AUGCCACCAUGCCACAAGCCACGGCGCGAUCGCCUGGAUGGUCGUCUCCCCGAACAUGAGCAUGGAGGGUCGAUGAGGCGAGGCCGCCCCGUAUCGCGAGGCAUAGCCGUCGUUGCCGGGACGACGCUCCUGAUCCUGCGCCCGAUGAAACACACGGCCGCCCUGCGGCCGGCUGCACGGCCGGCACACCCACCGGCCGAUCCGUUCCGGUCGCAGUACUGCAACAGCGGCCGAAGGCGUGGCGGUGUUGCACUAGCAUCCUCUCCUGCUACGGUGGGGAUCACAGCGACAGCGGGGGGGCGAGCAACAACGCACAUUGGGUCGAUCAAGGACUGCACCUCCGGCCGACGCGGGGCUGGGCUGACGACGAGUGCGACGGCGACUCUCACAAACCGAAUUUCUCUGGGGGUGCAAGGUGGGGGGUUGCAAAAGCACGCGUGGCGAGCGGCGGGAAGCCGGCCGGUGGCGCCGCUGUGCAUGAGCCAGAGUAGCCCUCCCGUCUUUCAGCCCCAACAGGCCGGAGACAGGAAGGACAGCAGUAGCUCCUCCCCCACUGCUGCGGGUGACAACGUGGCGGGGAAAGAAGACGACCACCACAGCAAUGGCCAGGGGGCCGCUGAUGUGCGGCAGCAGCCAGCAGCCAUUUCGCUGCACCAGCACCAUCGUCACAACCAUCAUCCAGUCCCAGUGGUAGAUGUGCACGGCAGUGCUUCGCCUCUCAACGGUCAUCACACGGCGGCGGCUGUGACGUCCUCUCCCAUUGCCACAGAGCCGGCACCGCCACCGAGAGUUGCCGACGACAUCGCGGCGAUGAAAGCUCUUGGCAAGGAGGGGAAGUGGCGAGAGGCGGUUGCGGUGCUGUCCCAGCUGAAGGAAGAUGCUUCGGCAGCCUCGAACGGUGACGGUAACGACCUCGCCCUGAACCUGGCGGUGUACAACGCGGCCAUCAGCGCGGUGUCAAGAAGCGGGAAGUGGGACGAGGCGCUAGGUUUGCUGGAGGAAAUGCGAUCGGCAGGCGUCCAGCCCGAUGUGAGGACAUUCACGAGCGUCGUCUCUGCGGGAUCCCGGAGCGGGAGGGUGGACCUCGCCGAACAGGUGCUGGACACCAUGCGAGCGGAAGGGGUGCCUCCCAACGCCGCCACGUACAACGCCGUCAUCACCGGGUGCUCUUGUGGCCCGCCGCCGCCGCCUCGAGGGGGCAGGGGUGGCGGCGAGGUGCAAAGAGCGCUGCGGCUGCUGGAAGAGAUGGCCGCGGACUCGAGGCCCGAGGCCCAGCCGGAGGCGCUAAGCUACACGCUGGUGCUGAAAGCGUGCGGGAGGGAGGGGCGCUGGGAGACCGCGCUGCAGCUCUUGACGGAGAUGCAGGCGAAGGGUCUGGAGCCAACCGUGCUGAGCUUUCGGUACGCCCUAACGGCUUGUGCCAGCAGCAGCAGCAGCAGGGUGGUGUCGGGCGGGAGCGGCGAAGAGGACUUUGCCGGCGUGUGGGAGCGCUGUCGUUCGCUGAUGGAGGCCAUGGGCAGGCUGGGCCUAGAGGCGGACCGGCUGUGCUACAAGCACGCUGUAGAUGCCGCGGCGAAGGCUGGCGAUGUGGACGCAGCCCUCGACCUGAUGGAUGGCAUGGAGAAUUGCGAGGGUUUCAGGGGUGCCGUCGAAUACAACCAAAUUAUCAUGGCUUGCGGUCGUAGGGGAGACUGGCAGCGAGCCGUGUCCACCCUGGGUCGAAUUCGACGCGCGGGUGGCGCUCCCGACGCGCACAGCUUCGCCAUGGCGAUGACCGCCUGCGCGAGAGCGGGCGAGUCACGGCAGGCCCUCCGUCUCCUGGACGAGCUGAAGCGCGAGGGGGGAGGGGUGCGGCCGAACACGGUGGUGUACAACACCCUCCUGGCACUGUGCAGGGGGAAGCCACGAGGGGGCGCGGGGCCGAACCUUAACGGGUACGGUGGUGGGGGUGGUCUCGAAGAGGUCAACGGCCACGGUGUUGCCGUCGGUAUGCCGGACGGCAGGGCGAUACGAAACGGCGUUUCGGUGCCCGGCGGGGGCACCUUGGGAUCGGGGGAGCGGCCGGACGAGCUCGUCGGGACCGCGGUUGCGUUGCUGCACGAGAUGACCGCAGGUGGCAGCGAGUGCGCGCCGGACAAGAUGUCCUUCGAGCUCGUCAUGCAGGCCUGCGUGAACGCGGGACGGCCUGAAUCGGCCCUCAAGGUGUUCAGGGCGAUGGCGAGGGUUGCGGCCGGUGGGAGGAGCGCGGAAGGUGGGGGGGGUAGUGGCGGUGGGGGGGGUAGUGGCAAGCGACGGGGAGGCGGACGAGGGAAAGUGGUGGAGGUGCGGCCGGACCGCGCGACGUUUAGACUAGGGCUGACGGCAGCGGCGGAGGCGGGGGACGGCCCGGCAGCGGCGGUCCUGUUGGAGGAGAUGCGAGAUGCUGGAAUAGCGAUGGACGAGCUGCUAGAACAUCAUAGACCCUGUUUGGAAGCGCCUUUCCUUGUCGCCGCGGCAGUGUCUCAUACUCCCUCCCCCCAUCGUUGCAUUGGUUUCGUCCAGUCGGCCUUCCACCUCGCGGCAACAGCAUUCGGGCGCGCGGGCCUCUGGCGACAGGGCGUCCGCGUGGCGGUCGUGGCGGCGGAGCAGGGCAUCGCCCUCGCACCGAGCACCCUCACGAGCAUCCUUGGGGCCUGCGCGAAACAGGCCCGGUGGCGAGAAGCGCUGGGGCUGCUCCAGGGCACUCGCCCGAUCCUACAGCAGGCGUUUUCGUCGUUGGCGUUGUCGACAGGCACGGGGGUUGUGGCUGGCGACGACAGGAGGGGGGAAGGGAACGUGGUGGCCGCGUACACGCUGGCCAUGGUUGCGUGCCGGAGGUCCGGGCGACACGCGGAGGGGCUCCGCGUGUUGGAGAUGCUGGAAGAGGACGGGGGUGUGGGGGACGAGGCGUUUUUUCGAGUUGCGCUCAAGUGCUGCGCCAAGGCCACGGGGGUCGGGGAGCGGCGCGAGUGCAGCGGGGCGGCCGUUGCGGACAGGGUAUUGGAAGGCAUGUCUGCACAGGGGAUCCGUUGCGGCGUGGAGGGGUUCACAGAUAUCGCGCAGGCGUACGGGUUAGCCGGAAGAUGGGAAGACGCUUUGGCGCUGCUACCUAGAGCCGCGGCUUUAGCGGCGGUGCCCGACGAGCGGAUGUAUUGCUCCGUCAUUAACGCGAUGGGGCAGAGCGGCGCUUGGGAGGCGGCGGUGGAACUCAUCCAGUCGAUGCGGCGGCGGCCAUCGGCAGCCGCCGCCGCCGCAGGCGGUAGCGGCGGCGGGGCCAGCGAUAGCGGAGCAAGCGGCGGCGCUGCUGCCGCCGUGGUGUCGCCGUCGCUGGAGCCCCCGCCCCCUGGGCGGGCGGCCUACGGGUGCGCGUGUCGGGCGUGCGCCAGGAAGGGGGAGUGGGGCGCGGUGCUGAGGCUGAUGGAGGACAUGCGGGAGGACGGCCUGGAGAGAGAUUCUUCGGUGUAUGCGUCAGCCAUACGGGCGUUCGUCGAAGCGGGGGACUGGGAGAGGGCGGUGGAAAUCGUGACGGUUGAGAUGGAGCGAGACGGGGUAUCCCCGGACGCCCUAUCGUACAGCCAGGCCUUGCGAGCCUGCCGGGCGGGGGCAGACGGGAGUGGUCGGGCGGCGCAGCUAGCGCUCGCGCUCGUUGGAGAAGUUCGAAGCAGGGGACUAGAGCCGGGCGUGGUGAUCCUCGAGAGUGCCGCUAGGGCUUGUCUGGCGGACGACCGGCCUGAGCUCGCACUAGAAAUCGUCUCCGAGACCCUCGACUCCUGGAGACGAGGGAGCUUGGGAGGGGACGGAGAUGGCGGUGGGGGAAAACGGUGGGGAAUUGACGAGGUGCAGCGGCUAGAAACGAUGCGCAUCAUGGUUCUCGGUCGCCUGGGACGGUGGGAGGACUCCCUCGAAGCCCUAGACGCGAUGCGGGCCAAGUUCGGCGACGAUGACCUAGACGAGAGAGCGUUCGUUUCGGCGGCACGCGCCUGCGCGGCGGCGGGGGAAUGGUCGCUGAUUCAGGUUCUCCAGUCCGAGGCAUCGGCGGUAGGGGACGGUGACGGGGUGUCCCCGGAGUCCGCGUGGGACAUGCAGCGAGCGCUGCUCUCCGGGCUCACGACGGCGGGGAUGUGGAGGCGCGCCAUGGAAAUGCUGCGGGAGAUGCAUCACGGCGGGGGUGGUAAUACGGUCAUGCCAGCAGCAGGGGAAGAGCGGGGGCAGGGAAUGCCAGACCCGUCUCCGCAUUGGCAGCGGCGCAUGUUCAAGGACCACAGGUCGGUCAUGCACGCCUGCUUGCGGGCGGGUGCGUGGGACAAGGCCCUGUCCGUCUGGUCUGACCUCAGGUCGAUCGUGGAGGGCCCCAUCCCCUGCGGCCGGACCUAUACGGCAGCCCUGCGCGCCUGCGGGCCGUUAGGCCUCUGGGCUACGGCGCGAGACCUGCUGUCGGAGAUGAGAGAUGGCGCCGAGGGCGAUGGGCUGCUGCUGCUGUUACCCGAGGCCCGCCACUACGCCUUUGCGGUGUCGGCAGCGACGGUGGCUGACGAUAUCUCCUCCGACGAGGAAGCAACGCUGAGCGGACGCGGCGGGUGGGGGGCCGGCGGAUCGGAUAUUAUGGUGGGUGGGGAUGAGGGUAGCGGUAGUGCGGCGCUUCGGUCGGUGCUGUCCGACAUGGCCGCCGCCGCCGGCGGCGGAGUAGAGAUCGGGUGGGAGACGUACGCCGCGGUUUGCUGGGCGAGGAGCCAGCGGAAGCAGUGGCACAGGGCCUCCCUCGGGGUGCUGGAGCUCAUGGGCGAGCACGGAUUUGGGGACGGUGCUCUUGGCACAGAAGAAGCCGCCGAAGGCAUGCGGAGCCUCUACGGCCGGCUGUUGGCCGCGGCGAGCAAGAUCCCGAGCUUUGCGAUGGGCGCGGGCGGGACGCAGUCGGCAGCGCCCGCGAGGAACGCGAUUCGGCAGGUUCUCUCGGACGCCGAGGAGCGCCUGGCCUCCGUGCCUGGGGGUCCGGGGCCGCAGGUCCUCGCGGCCGCUGCUACCGCCUUCGCCCGCGCCGGCGACUGGGAAGGGGCUCGGGAUAUCGCUUUGCUGUUCGACCCACGGGUUGGUGGUCCUACCGCGGGGGGUACAUCCAGCGGAACCGGGGAAACGUCGGCCGUUCGAAGUCGGAGAACCGCUGACGCGACGGCUGUUGUCAGUGUCGCGGUGGCUGCGACCGCCCGCGCCGGGGAGCUCGUUGAGGCGGAGGCGCUGGCGGAGCUGGCGAGGGUAAUCGCCACCUCGCCAGAGGUAAGCGCCUUCAGUGGCGGGGGCGGUGCCACGGGAGGCGGCAGUAGAAGUCGCGGGCCAGACGGGGAAGAAGCGAGGGUCUCCUGUGGGACGGAACGGAGCAACAACCCGCUAGGCUUCGAUCACAGCGCGGGCGUGGCCCUCGCCGACGCGUACGAGCGGGCCGGGCGGCUAUCCGACGCAGAGGGCUUGCGCUCGCGGCUGCAGGGGCGGAUGGCGAGCAGUCUCGGGCUGGAAGAAGCGGCCGGAGUCGAAGGAGGGGUUGCCGCCGCCGCCGCCGCCGCCGCCGCCGCCGUCCCCCGAUUGCCGAGCGUAGGGGGGCCUAGCAGACGACGGCGCCCCCCGGCAGAGGGGGAUGAUUCGACGUGGCCCCCUGAUGAGGAGGAAGGUGGCGACGACGAGCAGUACGAUCUGUUUUUGCAGUGGAUGGCGACUGGCGAGGGAGAGGAAGAGGAAGAGGGAGAUACGUGGUUGGGUGACGAUGAUGAAUUCGACGACGAUGACGACGACGUGUUGGUAGCGGAGCCCCCGCACGAGUCCGACGAGGAGGGUUUGACGAUCCGAGAGCUCGAAGGGUGGUGAUUUUUUGGCUGGCUUUGUGUUGUUAUGGCGAUCUGUUUAGAGGCUGUAAAAUCAGCCGUUGGACGGGGUAGGGUAUGUACAGCGGGAGGUGGACCAGGGGGAGGCGGGGGUGAUUUUUGUGUUUUUGCGGGUGCUUGUUCGCCGUUGGAGGUGUGGAUAGUCGGUGUAUCCUACAUGAAUGAACGAGCCUGGGAGCAAGAUCCAGGGAAGAGGGUUGUUUAUUCCGUAGGUUUGAAUGGUGCGCUGCUCCUGUCUGUGAUGAUUCGACUGACCCAUUUUUUUUCCGCAGCGAGGGAGGGGCUGAGCCAUGCAUUCAAGCUCUUUCGAGUAUUUCAUUCAGCCCACCGGGGUAAAGUUGAUUGUUGGUUUCUGCGGAGGGGUUAGUAUCGUGGGGUGUAUAGUACUUGCCUUUUGGUGUGGUGGCUUGGGGCUGAACAAGGUUCUAGCCACUAGCUUUUGUCUUCUUGGUACUUGUGUGCAGGCACCAAGCAAGGCGAGCGAGCGGCGCUAUUUAUUUUGGGAGGUUGAAAGGACUUGGCGGCAUAUACAUUUUUGCACUUUCUCAAGUGUUUUGAAGAACGUGACAGAGGAGAGGUGUUUGGUAUUUAGCUGUUUGGUGUCCCGUAGCCGGCAAGACUAAGACAACAGUCACCGCGAGAUGGAGUUCAUCACGCGCUCCAGGAACGAAAAACGAAGCGUGCUGAAUUCACUUCCUUGACCUGUCGGACAUGGGUGCGUGCGUUUUCGUCUGAAGGGGCGCAUCAUCAUUGGACGGCUGGAAGUUGCCCUAGGCACAAAAAACAUAAUUGUUGAGACCAUGUCCCUAAUUCGUUGUUAUAAUUGAUGGUGAUUUUGAGAAGAUGGU